AUGCUAGAAACCAAAGGGUGCAGCCUGCUCUCCCUCGGCACAGAGGUGGACACAGAGGGCAUCUGGCCGGCGUCCGCUGAAAUACAGACGGACCAGGUGGCAUGCGCCAACAGCUCUGGGAAGGAAGCCCCAAGGGCAAGGCCCACGACUGCCCAGCAGCUAGUCCAGCACCUGGCCCUGGACCCACAGAGGCCCGCCCUGCGACAACCGGGGCGCCCCCAGCUCGCACAGCAGCACAAAGCUGAGAUUUCAAAGGUUUAUAAACCCAACUACGGCCAAACGCCAGCCAGUCUGCAGAACCGGCACAGCUCCUGGCAGGCGCCGAGCGGCCCCUCCGCGGGCGGCCGGGAGGGAAGCCUCAAGGAGCCGCAGCGCGGUCUGCGGGCGCCCCCGGCCGGCUCGGCCCCGGGCCCAGAGACCCGCGGGCGUCAGGCAGCCCUGCACGCUCUGCCUCCGACGGCGACCGCCGGGGACUGGGUGCGGAGAGCCUCUGGGGCGGACCCCGCCUCCCCCCGCUGCCCCUCGCCGCCGCUCCGGGCCCGUCGACCCCCACGGCUCCUCACCGGCAGCAGCCCUGGCGCCAGGCCUCUGCACCCCACGCUUCCGGCAGCUGCGCGACUCCCGAGCCGCGGACCGGAAGUCCCGCCUCCACGGUCGCGACGGAGGCACGCCGGGUUGAGGCCCACAGGCGGGCCGGUGCUGCCCCCGCGCGGCCACCCUCGGGACUGCCCGCGUCCGCAGGAGGCCUGGCUGCGGCCCCCAUUGGGCGGGGUCACCCAGUAG